AUGCCUCGUCUCGUGCGCCGCCGCCCACUGGCGGAGCGCAUCCGCGCCUACCUGGACCCGUGGGACUUUUUCCUUUGGGUAUCCGAGGAGAUCGAAUGCCAUGACUGGGAUGAGAUGAACAAGGACUGGGGGAUGGCUAUCGGAAUAUCGCUCAAUUUUAUUUUCCUUGUCGCUCGUGCGAACAGUCGCUCAAGCGGAAGCAAAGCCAUUGACGAUGUGUUUGGGGAAGACGAGGGCGUGCCCUGGCUCAGUUGGUUUGCAUCGUCCGUCGUUCUUGUCUUGAGCAUAUUUUCAGGCUUCAACGCUUUUUUCACAUUUUAUCGCAAGCGACACUACCGUAUGUUCGAGAACUCGAUCGAUAACGCCCCCGCUACACCUUCUGCACGUCGUGUCCGAGUCGACUCGAGCCCUCUGACCGCAUCGCCCCUCCGAUACUUGGCCAACGCUCUGUCAGGCGAAUCCGCCCAAAUGCGGGCCCACCCCGAUGCGCAACGCGAUGUUUGGGAGGUUGCGAUGUGGGACCCCAUUUCGAUGAGUGUGCGCUUGUUCUGCCUGUUUAGCCCAGGGCAUGUGUUGAUCUACUUGCACUUUUUACCGGCCCAACUAUCGGACCCUCGUCCCAGUAUGACAGUGGCGACUACCAUCUUCUUGACUGCUCUGUUGUCGGUGCAGAUGUCAUUUUUGUCGUCGUCAUAUACACAGCAAGCAAAGGAUUCGGCUCUGGUGCAGAAGGAGGUCUUCAAGGAAUAUGAAACCAAAUUCGUCCAUCCUAGAACACGACCUCUGAUGAGAGAUGUUGGUACGCAGUUUUCUGAUGAGAUAGCUGCCGCUGGAGAGUCACCAAACAAGGUGGAAACCUACACUCCGACUUUCAUCAUUAAUCAUGGCUUCAAGACUAGCCCCAACCCAAAUUAUCACAGCCACGUCGACCCUGACGGCGCCUCGCCGAGACGAUUUGUUCCAAAGUCCACACCUAGUGCCUCGUCAAUUUUCCAAACAGAAUCAUUACUACACACCCCCACUGUGUCACGAGAUGGUUCCCCUUUGGUACGAACCGGAGGGACGAGUAUGAGACAGCCGCAAUUCCGACCUGCCUCAACAACUACUGGAGAUGGCGGUAGCCUCGGGGUAUAUUCGCAUGCAAACUCUCCUUUGAGAAAAUCGGCAUCGACCGCUUUUGAGCGCCGUGUCCAGAACAAUGGAGAUUUUGUUUACAAAGAGCGAGGCACCACACCGUUGAGAAAGGGAUCUAGCCCACUCAAACGCAGCAGCCUUGCGGACCCCCCUAGGUCCACAAACAGGAGUUAA